AUGUUAAUAACUAAUGAUUGGUUUUCAACAUUACAAAAGUCGAAUGUUAAACUUGUAACAAAUCGUAUACAAGAAAUUAAAUCACAUUCAAUUAUUACUCAAAAUGGAGAUGAAUAUCCAGCAUAUCGUGGUAUAACUAUACCUAGUUUUCCAAAUUUUUUUAUUCUUCUUGGUCAUAAUUCAGUUGUACUUAUGAUUGAAGCACAAAUAAAUUAUAUAGCUGAAGCAUUUAUUUAUAUCGAUCAUAAUAUACGAUUUAUUGAAAUAAAAUAA